GCUUUGCCAUAUUGUAAUUUAAGGCAGCUAUACCCAGAAGCGAGUCUGGUACUUGAUGGGGCUGACUCUGAGAAAUAUUCUUGUCUCGUGUGCCAGGUGGUUGUACACCAACCAACUGCUGCUUCAAUGAUGAUGUACACAGCUAUUUCUAUAGAACGUUACAUCGCAAUCACAAGGCCGUUUUCAUACCCAGAUAUAUUUACAAUGAAGAAAGUAAGGAUAUCCAUCAUUUGUUCUUGGAUUUAUUCUUAUUUCAUGUUUAUCGGAUUGAGCUGUUUUAACAUAUGGACACCAGGUCUACAAUGUAGUUUGUCAAUGAUUUUGUACCAGCCUGCAGCAUUCUAUGGUAUCAUAGCUUCAGCUGGGAUCCUCAUGUUAAUUAUUAUAUGCACAGCAUACUGCAGAAUUUUCUACAUUGCUUGGGCACAUAAGAAACAACAAAAUGAGCAGCAGAAUGCCAUAGGGCCUGUUACAGACACUUCAAAAUCAGAUAUGAAGAUAGUAAAAAUGAUGGCUAUUAUCUUCGGAACUCUAGUAAUUCUGUACACUCCAUAUUGGAUAUUUACUUGUGUAGUGUUAUUUUACAAACAGAAACCAAAAUGGUUGGUCACGUAUGAACAAUUUUCAGUUAUUAUGUAUUAUUGCAAUUCAUUUUGUAAUUCUUUUGUGUAUGGAUGGAAAAGUACAGAUUUUAGAAGGGCACUAAGAAUGUUGGUUUUCAGGCAAAACUCUGUUUAAGUGUUUCCAUUAGAAAAUACUGAAAACAGUGAACUUCACAAAACCUGAAAAUGUGCUUUAUAUGUAAGUGCAAUGGCCAAAGGGGAAUAGGAAUUAAAACACAUUGAUAAAAUGAGUAUCACAGGUGAACCAGUUCAAAGAAGAAAAAUACUGUUUUUAUUUUGACAUGAUAAACUAUGAAUAUCAUACUAACUGUGAAAUAAUAUACACAUAUUUCAUUCUAAAGUGUGAAUACCUGUACAUCUUUCACAAGUGCUAUUCCACGAAGCUCAAAUGGCUAGUGGAAAUCAUAUUGUGAAACUGACACAGGUAUUCAAUGAAAAUAGAAUGAAAUAUUCGUUUUAUCAUGUAACUGAUAGGGUGAACCAUCUUC